UUGAGAUCAUGAACAGCUUAAGAUGAGGAAAGUUUAGCGUAACUUAAUUAAUUUUUUCCUUUCUUUGGAGCUCCCCUUGAAGCCCAAAGCCCUAUAAAUUGCACCUCAAACAACCACACUCCUCACAGCAAAUAGUAGUCACUCAGCAUAUUAAAGUGAAGUGAGAUAGAAAAUAAGCAAUAUAAUGGAGAACUUUCCAGUUGUUGACAUGGGGAAGCUUAACACUGAAGAAAAAGCAGGAACCAUGGAGAUCAUAAAAGAUGCCUGUGAGAAUUGGGGUUUCUUUGAGUUGGUGAACCAUGGGAUAUCCCUAGAGUUGAUGGACACAGUGGAGAGAUUGGCCAAAGAGCACUACAAGAAGCGUAUGGAGCAAAGGUUCAAAGAAAUGGUAGCAAGCAAAGGUCUUGAGUCUGCUCAGUCUGAAAUCAAUGACUUGGACUGGGAAAGCACCUUCUUUCUGCGCCAUCUUCCUGUCUCCAACAUCUCAGAGAUUCCUGAUCUUGAUGAUGAUUACAGGAAGGCAAUGAAGGAAUUUGCACUGGAACUGCAGAAACUGGCAGAGUUACUUCUUGACUUGCUGUGUGAGAACCUUGGCCUAGAGAAUGGGUAUCUGAAGAAGGUCUUCUAUGGAUCCAAGGGCCCAAAUUUUGGCUCCAAAGUGAGCAACUACCCUCCUUGUCCCAAGCCAGAGCUCAUCAAGGGCCUCAGAGCCCACACAGAUGCUGGUGGCAUUAUUCUACUCUUCCAAGAUGACAAGGUUAGUGGAUUGCAGCUCCUGAAGGAUGGAAAGUGGAUUGAUGUCCCACCAAUGCGCCAUUCUAUUGUUAUCAACCUUGGAGACCAACUUGAGGUCAUCACCAAUGGCAAAUACAAGAGUGUGAUGCACCGUGUGAUUGCUCAAACAGAUGGUAACAGAAUGUCCAUAGCCUCAUUUUACAACCCAGGCAAUGAUGCAAUGAUCUCUCCAGCACCAGCCUUGGUGAAGGAAAAUGAUGACACAAGCCAACUCUACCCAAAAUUUGUUUUUGAUGAUUACAUGAAGCUCUAUGCUGGCCUCAAGUUCCAGGCCAAAGAGCCAAGAUUUGAAACUAUGAAGGCAAUGGAGUCAAUAUAGCAGUUUUGUUAUGUGUGUUUAUUGUUUACUAAGCUUUUGGUGCCUUUGAUUGGUACAGAUGCUCUCAUAUGCAUGUAUAAAUUUGAUGUGUGAUUCAAAAAAUAUAAUAUUAGUUCUAUUUGAUUGUUGCA